CACACACACAUACACAUACACACAGAGACACACACACACACACACUGACAGUCAGAGACACACUCUUAGCGGCUAGCAGGAGGCUAACAGCUAACAGCACCAGACAUGGCGAGCGCCUCGUACCACAUCUCCAACCUGCUGGAGAAAAUGACUUCCAGCGACAAGGACUUCAGGUUUAUGGCCACCAACGACCUGAUGACGGAGCUGCAGAAAGAUUCAAUCAAACUGGACGACGACAGCGAGAGGAAGGUGGUGAGGAUGAUUCUCAAACUGCUGGAAGACAAGAACGGAGAAGUUCAGAAUCUGGCCGUCAAAUGCCUGGGGCCCCUGGUGAGCAAGGUAAAGGAGUACCAGGUGGAGACGAUCGUGGACACUCUGUGCACCAACAUGCUGUCGGACAAAGAACAGCUCCGAGACAUUUCCUCCAUCGGACUCAAGACCGUGAUCGGAGAGUUACCGCCCGCCUCCAGUGGCUCUGCUCUCGCUGCCAGCGUCUGUAAGAAGAUAACGGGUCGCCUGACGAGCGCCAUCGCCAAACAGGAAGACGUGUCUGUCCAGCUGGAGGCGCUCGACAUCAUGGCUGACAUGCUCUGCAGACAGGGAGGCCUGCUGGUGAACUUCCAUCCCUCCAUCCUGAGCUGUCUUCUCCCCCAGCUCACCUCCCCCCGAUUGGCUGUCAGGAAGAGGACCAUCAUGGCUCUGGGCCACCUGGUCAUGUCCUGUGGGAACCUGGUCUUCAUCGAUCUGAUCGAGCACCUCCUGACGGAGCUGGGCCGCAACGACAACAUGUCGACCACCAGGACCUACAUCCAGUGCACGGCCGCCAUCAGCAGACAGGCUGGACACCGGAUCGGAGAGUAUCUGGAGAAGAUAAUUCCUCUGGUAGUGAAGUUUUGUAACGUUGACGAUGACGAGCUCCGAGAGUACUGCAUCCAGGCCUUUGAGUCCUUCGUUAGGAGGUAAUACACACAUACCUUGGUAAUCUUCAUCGUUCUGCUCGGCGUCCAUGGCGUUGUCGUCCUCGUCUUCAUCGUCGAAGUUGUAGUUGGGGUCGUAGGUCAGGUAGCGCAGGCAGAGCGAGAUUACCGUGGAAACGUGGGGGAAUGUCCAGGAAGCGUCGACGUUCACCACGUCGAGCUUGACGUCAGCGCGCAGCGGCGGCAGGAGGGAGCGGCUCUGGUAGAGCGACAUAGACCGACAGUGAAGGAGAGAGAGAGAGGGAGCGAGCAGCGGAGCGGACGGGUCGAUGAUUAUGUAGCUUUACCCGGGACGACCACGGGACUAGUGCGGGAGGGGGGCAGGCCGGUGCCGUGCCGAGCUGGGCUGGGUUUGCGGAAGCGACCGGCGGACAGACAGACAGGAGCUCCGGUAAUGAUAAUGUUGAUAUUGGACACAGACAGACAGGCGAAAGGACAACAUGGCGGCUGUUUGUCUGUCCGUCUUCACGCCCGCAAAGACCCGUGCGGUUCCAGCUCGCGGUUCGUCUCCGGUUCCUCCAGCAGUCAGCGGGACCUGGCGCUAGAGCUGGCCGGCUACACCCUGACGACCCACAUCCCAGUACUAAUACCAGGCAUCAUCUUCUCUCUGAACGAUAAGUCGAGUAGCUCCAACCUAAAAAUCGACGCCCUGGCGUGCCUGCACGUCAUCAUGGUCACGCACCCGGCGCACGCCUUCCACGCCCACGUCCCCGCCCUCGUCCCGCCCGUGGUGGCGUGCGUGGGAGACCCCUUCUACAAGAUCACGUCCGAGGCUCUGCUCGUCACUCAGCAGCUGGUCAAGGUGAUCCGGCCUCUGGACAACCUAUCGGAGAGCUCCGACAGCUUCGACCCCUCCCCUUACAUCAGCGACCUGUUCACCUGCACGAUCAAACGCCUGAAAGCCGCCGACAUCGACCAGGAAGUCAAAGAACGAGCCAUCUCCUGCAUGGGACAGAUCAUCUGUAACCUAGGAGACCGGCUGCCCGCUGAACUUCCUGGAACGCUGUUGAUCUUUUUGGAGCGCCUCAAGAACGAGAUCACCAGGCUGACGACGGUGAAAGCUCUGACGCUGAUCGCCGGCUCGCCGCUGAAGAUCGAUCUGAGGCCGGUUCUGCCCGACGCCGUUCCCAUCCUCGCCUCCUUCCUCCGCAAGAACCAGCGAGCCCUGAAGCUCUGUACCCUGGCUGCUCUGGACAUCCUGCUCCGAAACUACAGCUCUGCGGUGACCCCCGUCAUGGUGGACGCGGUGCUGGCCGAGCUCCCUCCUCUCAUCUCGGAGAGCGACAUGCACGUGUCUCAGAUGGCGCUGAGCUUCCUGUCCACGCUGGCGGUGACCCACCCGUCCUCGCUGGGUCAGCUGAGCGGAGGAAACAUCCUCCAGCAGCUCAUUGCGCUGGUCCGAUCCCCGCUGCUGCAGGGCGGGGCGCUCUCCGCCAUGCUCGACUUCUACCAGGCCUUGGUGGCGACAGAGACCCCCGGUCUGGGCUACAUGGACCUGCUGAGGAUGCUGACCGGUCCGGUCUACUCCCAGAGUGCCUCUCUGCCCCACAAACAGGCGUACUGCUCCAUCGCCAAGUGUGUGGCGGCUCUGACCCGGGCCUGUCCCGACGAGGGACCCGCUGUGGUCGGACAGUUCAUCCAGGAUGUGAAGAACAGCCGCUCCACAGACUCCAUCAGGCUGCUCGCUCUGCUCUCAUUGGGCGAGGUGGGACACCAUGUGGACCUGAGCAGCCAACCAGAGCUCAAGACAGUCAUCCUGGACGCUUUCUCCUCAUCCAGUGAAGAGGUAACGCCCGUCUGUCUGACCAGGAAGUGCCUUUUAGAGGCCAAGACUUUCACAUUAAAAGCUUUUAGACAGGAGUAUAACAAGAGUCCAGAUGCUCUAUGUGUGUGUGUGCGCAUUUCUUUGUGUGUGCGCAUUUCUUUGUGUGUGUGUGUGUGUGUGCGUGCAGGUUCGUCGUACGCCAGGAGCUCCGUGGUAACGGCGGUAAAGUUUACCAUCUCCGAUCAACCGCAGCCCAUCGACCCGCUGCUGAAGAACUGCAUAGGUGAUUUCCUGAAGACGCUGGAGGACCCGGACCUGAACGUGCGGCGCGUUGCCUUGGUAACGUUUAACUCUGCCGCCCACAACAAGCCCAGUCUGAUCCGAGAGCUGCUGGACUCCGUUUUACCACAACUCUACAACGAGACCAAAGUCAGGAAGGAGCUGAUCAGAGAGGUGGAGAUGGGUCCGUUCAAACACACGGUGGACGAUGGUCUGGACCUGAGGAAGGCUGCGUUCGAGUGCAUGUACACUCUGCUGGACAGCUGCCUGGACCGGCUCGACAUCUUCACCUUCCUCAACCACGUGGAGGACGGCCUCAAGGACCACUACGACAUCAAGGUCCGGGUGUUGCCAGAUCUCGUGAGACAACUACGCAACCAGGCCUGUGAAAACUAG